AAGAUUGCACCGGAAGUUCUCAUCUUUGACAUCGGGAUCGAAAACUCUUCUGUCGUUCUGACAGUUCAACAGUUCCGUUAUUUUUUAACGUCUUUCUUCACCAUGGGUACACUGAUAGAAUCAUAUGAACAACAAUAUUCAAGCUUAACAGCAGACAUCACCUUUAACAUAGGAAGAAUAUCAAAUACACAUGGAGCUGAAAGACAAGUACACAUCAGACAAGCAGAGAAGUUAUUUGAUGAGGCAACAGAAUUGCUUGAGCAGAUGGAACUUGAAGUUAAAGAUUUACCCCUGAAAGACAGACAGAAAUACAACACUAGAGUUAAAAGUUACAAAGCAGAACUCUCCAAAUUACAGAAAGAUAAUAAACGAGCCAAACUUGGGAUAGACAGCAGUAGAGACGAGCUUCUAGGAGAUGACACACACGACUCCGAAGAUCAGAGACAGAGGCUCCUAGACAAUACUGAGACAUUAGACAGAGCCUCCAGGCGACUGGAACAUGGAUACAAAAUCACGCUAGAAACAGAACAGAUUGGUGCCCAAAUCAUGGAAGAUCUUCAUAAUCAAAGACAGACAAUAAAUAGGUCUCGGCAUAGAAUGGAAGAAAUGAACACAAACCUUGGAAAAAGCUCUCGUGUUUUAUCAGGAAUGAUGAAAAGAAUUAUACAGAAUCGUCUGCUCCUCCUGGUGAUCUGUGCUGUCUUGGUUGUGGUGGUUGUGUUGGCCAUAUACUUCAUGGUGAAGAGGAAGUCAUGACAACAGCUCCCUGCUAGGGGACUUUAGGGUCAUUAGUGCAAUCUCUUCAAAAUUUCAGUGAGGAUAUUUUGGAAUGUACUUUUCAGUCUUUAAAGAUCAGUGCCAUGUUACUUGUUUUGAGAAACCUAAAUAUGAGGUUUUGAAAUAAAAAUUAAUCAAAAUAAUUUAAAGGGCAUUGAGAAAUUCAAAAUUUUAACUUGGAAUGCUGCAAAGUCUUAUACCAGGAAGGUAAAUUUUUGGGGUGUAUUUGAGAUUUUAUUCAAUGGAGAUUUGAAAAUAGAUGCAUGACUUAAUGGUUUUUUAUCCAGUGUUUUAAUUUUAUUUUUUUACAAGAAAUGGACACAUGCAAGCUACUUUUAACUAAAAUUUGUAUAACAUUUUGAUGUAUAACUUGAUUUAUAUACAUUAUUUAAGUAUCAAUUAAUGUCAAGUUUGAGCUAGGAUAUACAGUUUUUUUACAUCAAUAUUGCAUAAUGAAGCUCACAACUCAGGAUGCAAACUUUUUAUUCUAAAAAAAAUUACCAUUGUGACUUGAUGGACCAAGACUGUAAAUUUGAGACAUGGAAAAUAAUAACUGCCACAGGGAGGAAAAUCAUGUAUGCAUCAAUCGUGUUUCAAUAAAUAAAAAAUGAAAACAAUUUUUUACUUUACCCAGAGUUUUUCAAUUAAUAUCUACCUAACUAAGUUUGGGAUUUCCAAUUUUUUUUUUAUAUAAAUAAAUUCAGUAAAAUAACUUCCUACGGGUAUUAGGAUGGACCCACCUUACAAAUACCCGGUAAAUUAAUCAUAAAAAUUGACUGAUUCAUGCAUUCCUUUCUGCUCUAAUUGAUAAGUCUUUGUUAAUUAAUGAUGUUUCAUGAUAUAUAGUAAAUAAUUUAAAACAAAUUAAAUGUAAGUAAAAUGUCCAUUUUUUACUGCGAUUUCUUCCUUCACAUAAAAAAAAAAUUAAUUUUACUAGAUAAAUAAAAGCAGAAAAAAUAAAAUUUUCACAAAUUAUGUCAAUGCUAAAAUUAAAUGCCUUGUAUUCAUGGAGAACUUUCUGUAGACAGAUUAAACAACUUUACUAUUCCGGGGAAUGACCUUAGAAAAAAGUAUACAUUUACAAGUAUAAUAUUUUUGUCAUAUAAUAAUAGUCAGAGAUUCACCAAGCAUAGAGAUUCAAUGUAAUUGAUCCUUAGAAUCAUUAUUUAGCUGAUACAUGUACUGGGCUAUUUCAAAAUUGUUAAUAUGUGUAAAAAACAUUUUAAUUGUACAUUAUGAAUGUUUUGAGAUGUCCCCUAACAUUGGUAGAAGAAUAGUCUCUAGUCAUCCUGAAUAUUUCAAUCAUUUAAUCUUGAUGUUAUGGUUAUAUAUUUGAAGGUUAGGUUAAUACAUAAAUGUCUGUAAAUGAUGUAAACCUUACUCUAAUGUGUUCACUAAUUUAUUUAGUAUUCUGACGGUAACUUUAUUGAUUACAGGCAACUGCUUUUGUAGGUUUUAUUUGUGGCUUGAUUUCCAUAAAAUAUCAACCACAGGCACUCUCAGUUAUUUCAAUUAGACAUAAGGCUUUAAAAUUAUCUUGGAACAAUACAGUAUUGUUCAUGUCCUUUAAGACUAGAAAGGAGACAUAUAUGGUGUAAAAAAAAAACCCAACAACAUAGAACUUACUAAUACUAUACAGUUGAACUUGGUUAUCUGGAACACUGAUAUCAAAUACCAGGGAUAUGUCCAAAUUAUUUGGCAGUCUCAAAUACUUGUUCUCUAUGUAAUUAUUUAAUGAUCUCAAAUUCUCAGCUAUUUUUAAUUUAAAUUUUGUCCUUUUGAAGUUAAAAAUAAUAAGGUUUGACUGUAAUUUGAAGUCAGAAAUAAAACAUACUUAAUAAUCUAGCAUUCCAAUUUUUUCAUAUUUCUAAGUGUACUGCAAAAUUUAUUGAUCUAUU